GAGCCAGAUGAUGGGAACUUGUCCCACUGUUCCUCCUCGCUACAGCAUUCUUGACUACUGUUAUGUCAAGGAUACAGGCCUGGGUUGGUUUCUGUGAUGCGUGAGACUUACAAAACCCUAGGUUAUAGCAUGAAUACUUGGCUCCUGUAUAUUUCCCCAGGUCCUUCUUUAUCAAGAUCCAUCAGAAUGUGUUUGAAGACCCCACCCAAACUCCUGGAGCUGGCAGUGAAAAGUCUCCUGAAGAAUGAGGACUUUGUUAUUUCAGUACAGCAGAAGAUGCCCACGGAGUUCUUUCCAUCCCUGUUCAAGAAGGCUUUCAAUAGCAGAUGCAUGAAGAUACUGACCGCAUUGGUUCACCUCAGAAGGUCGAAGCUUCAAGUGCUGGACCUAAGGGAUGAGUGCAAUCACUUCUGGGAUGUAUGGCCUGGACUAGAAGGUUUAGACUGCUCAAAAGGAAUGCUGAGUAAGGAGCAAAAAGGCAAAGGCCUUCCUAGAUAUGCCCUGGGGCAACCCUUGAAAGUAGUGACUGAUUUUGUCCUAAAAGAUGAACUGGAUGAGCAACAAGCAUACUUGCUGCAGUGGGCUCAGCAGCAAAAAAGGUCUGUGAAGCUCUACUGUAAGAAGAUGAUAGUCUAUAAAACUCCUGUGCAGCUUAUCAAGGCCAUCUUGAAAACCUUCCCACCAGACUCUGGAGGAACUUGUUUUAUCCAGAAACUGGAGUCUGGCCACACUGAAUCCAUGAAGUGCCCCAUGGAGUCUCUUUCCAUCCAACGCGGCAGGUUGUCUGAGCCAGACCUGGAACAUUUGUUUUUGUGGCCAAGGCUUUAUCAGCUGAAACAUCUGAAGCUAUGUAGUCUAUCAUUACUCCACUUAAGUCCUACACAUCUCCAAUUUCUCCUUGAGAAGGUAGCAGACAGUCUGCAGAUUCUGGAGUUAAAGAACUGCUUGAUCAGAGAUUCUCAACUUAAUGCCCUGCUGCCUGCCCUGAGCAAGUGCUCCAAGCUCAAUCAGGUCAAUUUUCUCGACAGUAACAUCUCUACAUCUUUUCUGAAGGACCUUCUGCAUUGCAUGGCCAAUCUAAGCACGCUGACUGACUAGUUCUACCCUGCUCCAUUGGAGUGCUAUGAUCAAGUGGGUCAUAUCCUCAUGGACAAAUUUGCCAAUCUGUGUCCUGAUCACCUGAACUCAGGUCCAAAAGACAUCCCAAGAAAGGCUCAUUUGGUACAAAAUUCUGCCAUAAAUGUUUCCGGCGCUGUGUCUAUGACCUGAGGACUGGACUUUGUCCUUGUCAUAAAAGGUGUAGGAUG